ACGAAUUUUAUUUUGCUACAAAUCAAUUUUCCACAUCUGAACACACUUCGUGUUGUUUGCUUGUGUUUCUGCCCACUUCGUGGCCCCGGGCUCGUGCGUCGUGAACUCCGCCGACAGCUGUUCUCCCCCCUCCCGUCUCCAGCGCUGCCCCUCCGCGUGGAUCCUCACCAUGCUUCUUCCCCCGCGAGCUUCCGACGAUGAACGCCGCUCCGUGUGACUCCGCGGGGGGCAUGUACCAGCUGAGCGCAGACCACCGGCCCAACGCCAGCUGCAACGGCUCCUCGCCCCCGGGCAACUGGUCGUCGGGGGACGACGCCCUGCUGCUGCCCACGUUCACCACGGCGGCCAAGGUCCGAGUGAUCGUCACCUUCAUCCUCUGCGGCGCGUCCGCCUUUUGCAACCUGGCCGUUCUGUGGGCGGCGCACGGCGACGGGAAGCGCAAGUCGCACGUGAGGGUGCUGAUCCUGAACCUGACCGUGGCCGACCUGCUGGUGACCUUCGUGGUGAUGCCCGUGGACGCCGUGUGGAACCUCACGGUGCAGUGGCUGGCCGGGGACUUCGCCUGCAGGCUGCUGAUGUUCCUGAAGCUGCAGGCCAUGUACUCGUGCGCCUUUGUGACGGUGGUGAUCAGUCUGGACCGGCAGGCGGCCAUCCUCAACCCGCUGGCCAUCAACAAAGCCCGGAGGCGGAACCGGGCCAUGCUGACGGUGGCGUGGGCCAUGAGUGUCAUCCUGUCAGUGCCUCAGUUAUUCCUCUUCCACAGCGUGACCAUCGUUCGCCCGGAGGCCUUCACUCAGUGUACGACGCGCGGAAGCUUCGCCGCCCACUGGCAUGAAACCGCCUACAACAUGUUCACGUUCUGCUGCCUCUUCCUGCUGCCGCUGAUCAUCAUGAUCACCUGCUACAACAGGAUCUUCUGUGAAAUCUCCAAACGGCUGAAGAUGGACAACCUGCCCCCCAAUGAAGUGCACUUGCGCUGUUCUAAGAACAACAUCCCCCGAGCGCGGAUGAGAACCCUGAAGAUGAGCAUCGUCAUCGUUUUGUCCUUCAUCAUCUGCUGGACGCCCUACUACCUGCUGGGCCUGUGGUACUGGUUCUUCCCCGAUGACCUGCGGGUGAAGGUGUCCCACUCGCUGAGCCACAUACUGUUCAUCUUUGGUCUGUUGAACGCCUGCCUCGACCCCCUCAUCUACGGCCUGUUCACCAUUUACUUCAGGAAGGGGAUCCGGAGACGCUACUGCAGCGCCGCCGCCGCCGCGUCAGACGGGGAUAAUAACACGGUCGUAAGCGGCUCCUUCACUUGUGGGGGAAACUCUUCAGCACAAAAAGAGAGGCGAGCCCUGAGCCAGGAGACGUUGGUGUGGUGAUGAUUAAAAAGCUUUUCACCAGCAGAUAAUGUUGCCGAAUGAGCAUCACAAGAGAGAGGACGAGUUUAUUGCUACUCUAUAACUAUAGUGUUAUUAUUAUUAUUAUUUACAGAACGUAGUAUAUGGGGUCUUGUUAUCCUUAAAUAUGACUUUUUAUUUUAGCUACAAAUCAAAACUAGCAUCUCCUUUUAGCUCCUUUGUAUUUGCUAUAAUUGAACUGACUUAAGCCUUAUCUUUCAUAGUUAUUUCAGCUUUUGUUCACAAGCAUUAAUGUCUUUCAUGCUCUGUGAGUUAUGUUAUAUAUGUCAGUGCAUCUCUAAUAAUAAUUGCUGGCUGCUGAUUGAAUCACAGACUAUAGCGUGCUUUCAUUGUAACUUAUGUGUAUGUGUAUUGUCAGUUUGAAUUGUGACUAAUCAGUGGGAUUUAACACGUCUACUGUGAAUCGGCGGCCGCUGGGAAACUUAAACAAAUUAGUGUUGCGCAGAAUCACCAUCCGUUUGUACAAAGCAUGUGCAGAUUUCUUAAGCGCACACGCCUCUGUGCCUCCGCUGAUGUGCAGCAGUAGGAUCCCCGAGGCAACGCCGACCUAUUAUCAGUGAUGAGUCAGUGCUCGGAUGAAAAGGCCAUUCUACCCUGUGACACAGUGGACGUACAAUUACAAUUUACAGAGUUUAAAUGUGAGUCAAGUUCUUUUAUGUUUCAUAAAAGAAACAAUGUAGCAAAGAAAACAUGUCAAGACGUGUAAUAUUGCUUUGAUGAAAAACUGCUGUGUCACCAUUUUCUGUCUACAUGAAGUCUUCAUACAGUGAAAACAUAGAGUCAGGUCUUACAGGUGCUGACUGAAUCGUUUUCAUGGUACAAUGCAGUAACACACGUCACGUUCUGUGUACAGAGCACCUGUGCUGUCAUUACACACUAAGUGAGUAACUGGCGUCUCUUUGGAUCAACUCGUAGUGAAGCUUAUUAGGAAUCAUUCAUACAAGCGUUAACAUUGUUAUGAGUUGGCUUUCCUAGAAAUAUGCCAUGGUAUGAACUAAUGUCACCAGUGAAUGGAAUACAAAUGAGGGAGCAAUGCACUCAAAUAUAUAUAUUAUGGUAUCAGCAGAGAAACAAAUAAGAAGCGUGAUGUAUUAACAUGAGUCCAUCCAUACAGUACAUCGGUAGUUUCUCACACUACAGUCUCGUAAAGGGAUCCUCCACUGGGCAGGUGUUUCUAACCCUGGCUCCCUCUUACACCAUUUCACUCCAGUCGGCUGUACUGUAUAAUCGUACCUGUGUGUGUCAGACAGAGUCGAGCUGUGAGCAGCGAAGAUGUUGAGACGACACCACAAACGCACUUCAACUGGCUGCAUCGUCUCUCCUUUCCUGUAGUUGUUUCCAGGUCUGUGUUAUAGCUUUGUUCCUUUCAUGCACAGACAGUGUCCUGCACAAUAACGCAACACACUACUUUCAGACACAUUUAUCACGGUGGCUUUAAGAUGUCAUGUAUCCAUUUUAUGGCUGGAUAUUAUGUAAAACCAAAAGUUGAACCUUUGUUGGAGAUACUGGUUGCAGGCUUCCUCUAAAGUGGCAAAGCUCUGGGUUUUGUUGUGUGAAUAAUGUGGAAAUGUCACAACAUACGGCUUAAGAACUUCACACUGUCCAAAACGUAAAAGCAGAAGCCGACUGUGGUUGAUUUCUGUGGAGGAGGAGCUGUGGCCUUGAUCACCUGAGACAGAAAAGGUUACAGCAUUUCAUCAACUGAUCUUGCUCUUGUGAUUUUAAGAACUUCCUGAAUGACACACAGUAAACAGCAGGUCACCUGAUUUUCCCCUAAAAUUAUUAUUUCACCUAAAGGCACAAAACAAAACAAAGUAAAAAUGUGGAUUUACCUCGAA